UCUCAACAACCUGCUGUUACUGCAAUGCCGGAAUAUUUUCUAUCAAUUUAUUUAUUUUCUCCUGCCACUCUUGCGUUUGCCGUCUACCAAUCGCUGUUGGUCCAUCUCACAGGAGCUGCAUAUCGAGCUCCAGACAUCGAAUCAACGUAUAUUUCAGUUAGAAUCCCUCAAGAUGCCUGUUCCUUGGGAAGCUCUGAUUCCGUGUGGUCUCCUCGUGGCCAUGUUCGGUAUCACUGGUAAUCUCUUCUCCGCUGCGAAAUUCAUGACCAACGACAUGAAGCCCCCAAGGUACGCCCUCGACACCUGGGAAAAUAUGAUGAUGGAGAGGGAUAGGAGACUAACAGGAUCUCUACGGGGGCAGUCUACUGAUCCGAUUGCGCCAAAAGAGUUUGCGACAAACUCUGUGUGGGAGACUGAACGGGUGCACUAGGCUUCUUGCAUGAGUUUAAAUGACCAAUUCAACGAGGUUUGGAAAUGGUGAUGAAGUGAAGACCGGUGCGGGAGUGGACAAGAGGUUUUACCGACCCUAACAUUUUGACUGAGCUAACACCAUAGGAAACACGAUUCGUGAA